CGCGCGUUGCUCUUAUGCAACAAUAACGGCACGUGCACGCGUCGCGCAAUGGCUGUUUGCUGCCAGUUAUCUUGUCGUUUGUAGCCGCAACACGCGCCUUGUGGUCAGUAAUAGUUUAAACGACCAAGUUGUGGCUUAAUACAAUUGUGUUUUUUAGGUUUGUGUGGAUUCGAAUUAAUCUACUGGGGUUGCAGCGGCAGCUGAAGUGGACAGUAGACCCGGGUUUUACCGCUCGUUUGUGGAGUCGGGAUUGUAAAGCUUUGUAGGCCGCGGUGUCUGAGAUCAACAACAACAACAACAACAUGGCCGAUGAUUUGGACAUUGAAGCAAUGCUGGAGGCUCCAUAUAAAAAGGAUGACAACAAGUCCUUAAGUACCAAUGGCCACGAGGAGCGGAGCAAGAAAAAAAAGAAGAGCAGAAGCCGCAGCCGGGAAAAGAAGAGAAGCAGGAGUCGCGAUGGCAAGAGGAGUCACGUCCGCAGGAGGAGCCGCAGCAAAGAUCGGAAGCCCAGCCGCAGCAAGGAGAGACGCCGCAGCUGUUCCAGGAGCAGGGAGCGUGGUGGUCGCUACAAAGCUCCAUUUUCUGGCCUGAAAUUUAAUGGUGGUCCCAGGGGGAAGACUGGCCCACCACUUGCCAUCAAACUAAGCCAUAGAAGGUCUAAAAGCCACAGUCCUUUCAAGAAAGACAAAAGCCCUAUAAGACAGCCCAUUGAUAAUCUCACCCCUGAAGAAAGAGAUGCACGCACAGUGUUCUGCAUGCAGCUGGCAGCAAGAAUCCGACCACGAGACCUGGAAGAAUUCUUUUCUGCAGUGGGAAAAGUGCGAGAUGUGAGAAUCAUCUCCGAUAGAAACUCCAGAAGAUCCAAAGGAAUUGCAUACAUUGAGUUUGUGGAUGCUACAUCUGUACCUUUGGCAAUUGGCCUUUCUGGUCAAAGACUUCUCGGAGUACCAAUCAUUGUGCAGGCUUCACAGGCUGAGAAGAACAGAGCAGCUGCGUUGGCCAACAACUUACAGAAGGGCAGUUCUGGACCUAUGAGACUGUAUGUUGGCUCAUUGCAUUUUAACAUCACAGAAGACAUGCUCAGAGGCAUCUUCGAGCCGUUUGGAAGGAUUGAUAGUAUUCAACUGAUGAUGGACAGUGAAACAGGACGAUCAAAAGGAUAUGGCUUUAUCACAUUUGCUGAUGCCGAAUGUGCUAAGAAGGCUCUGGAACAGCUUAAUGGCUUUGAGUUGGCUGGCAGACCAAUGAAAGUGGGACAUGUGACGGAGCGCACUGAUGCCUCAACCGCCAGCUCCUUCCUGGACAAUGAUGAGCUGGAAAGGACCGGAAUUGAUCUGGGAACGACUGGUAGACUUCAGCUGAUGGCCAGACUGGCUGAGGGUACUGGUCUGCAGAUCCCACCUGCUGCUCAACAGGCCCUUCAGAUGAGUGGCUCCAUGGUAGCCAUGGCUGCAGCUACUGCUGCUAUGAACCCUGGAUUGAGUUUUAACAUCAAUGUGCCCCCAAACCAAGCUUUGAAUCUACCGUCACAACCAAUUGCAACUCACUGUUUCCAACUGUCUAACAUGUUCAAUCCAAACUCAGAAAAUGAUCCUGGUUGGGAAGUUGAGAUUCAGGAUGAUGUCAUUGAAGAGUGCAACAAACACGGUGGAGUCAUACACAUAUACGUGGACAAGAAAUCAGCUGAAGGUAAUGUCUAUGUGAAGUGUCCCAGCAUUCCUGCUGCUAUGGCUGCAGUCAGUGCGUUACAUGGACGUUGGUUUGGAGGUAAAAUGAUCACAGCAGCUUAUGUCCCUCUUCCUACAUACCACAACCUUUUCCCAGAGUCAGUGCAGGCAACACCGCUUCUAAUGGCCAGUCGUCGGUGAUCAAUCACCUCUGGAAGACUCAACUUUUUCAGCCUUGCUCUUUAUAACUUUUGGACAAUAAUAACAGUUCUGCAAGCUGUGGCACAGUUGUUUUGCUUCCUUUUAAGUUGGUUACAAAA